AUGGCUCCCCUAGCCGAAGUCGGGGGUUUCCUCGGCGGCCUGGAGGGCUUGGGCCAGCAGGUGGGCUCGCACUUCCUGCUGCCUCCAGCAGGGGAGCGGCCGCCUCUGCUGGGCGAGCGCCGCGGCGCGGCGGAGAGGGGCGCCCGCGGCGGGCCGGGGGCCGCGGAGCUGGCGCACCUGCACGGCAUCCUGCGCCGCCGGCAGCUCUACUGCCGCACGGGCUUCCACCUGCAGAUCUUGCCCGACGGCAGCGUGCAGGGCACCCGGCAGGACCACAGCCUCUUCGGUAUCCUGGAAUUCAUCAGUGUGGCGGUGGGACUGGUCAGUAUUAGAGGUGUGGACAGUGGUCUUUACCUUGGAAUGAAUGACAAAGGAGAACUCUAUGGCUCAGAGAAAUUGACUUCUGAAUGCAUCUUUAGGGAGCAAUUUGAAGAGAACUGGUAUAAUACCUACUCAUCCAACAUAUAUAAACACGGAGACACUGGCCGCAGGUACUUUGUAGCGCUUAACAAAGACGGAACCGCGAGAGACGGUGCCAGGUCCAAAAGACAUCAGAAAUUUACACACUUCCUGCCCAGACCAGUGGAUCCGGAAAGAGUGCCUGAAUUGUACAAGGACAUACUGAUGUACAGUUGA